UCGAACAUAAACAAAGGCAGGGCGCCGCGCUGCAUUUAACUGUACUCUUUUGUAAUUUUAUAUGUUAACAGUAUCGAAAUAUUGGAGAGCAGCUUAUUUCUGGAGCCAUGGAAAACGCAUUAUUGAUGCGAGUGAGUGUUUUUACCGACCAAGGAGGCAGGAAAUACAUGGAAGAUGUGACCGAGGUCAUAGUAGAACCCGAGCCGGGAGAAGAUGAGCCGACGCUGGGUGAGCCAGAAUAUGGCAGUGGGGGAGACUGUAUGGUCCGUUCGCUGGCUGGGGACAUGCAUCCAGACCAAACUGAAGAAACCGUCGAGUCCACGCAUCUUUUAGAUGUAUCAUGUGAACCUGUACGAACGGAAGACCAAAGUAUAUCUGUGGAAAUAUCUUUGAAGGGAGGUCAGAGCCCACCGCGAGCUCAGCCGAGCACCGCGAGUCGUUCCCGCCGUUCCGUAGCGUUUUUCGCUGUGUUUGAUGGACACGGGGGUCGCGAGGCUGCGCAGUUCGCACGAGACUAUUUGUGGGAGUUCAUGAAGAAGCAGCGGGGGUUCUGGUCAGACUGUGACCGGGACGUUUGCUCUGCUAUACGCAAAGGAUUUGUCGCCUGCCACCACGCUAUGUGGAAAAAGCUCCCUGAAUGGCCAAAGACACUUACAGGGCUUCCUAGCACAUCAGGCACCACAGCCAGCGUAGUGGUCAUCCGAGGAAACCGCAUGUAUGUGGCACAUGUUGGGGACUCGGCAGUGGUUCUAGGGGUCCAGGAUGACCCCUCAGUUCCAUUCAUCAGAGCUGUGGAAGUCACACAAGAUCACAAACCCGAACUACCCAGAGAGAGGGAGCGUAUUGAAGGUCUGGGGGGGAGUGUGAUCAAGAAAUCUGGAGUGAACCGGGUGGUCUGGAAGAGACCCAGGCUGAGUCACAAUGGCCCAGUCCGUCGAAGCACUGUCAUUGACCAGAUACCAUUCUUGGCGGUAGCCCGAGCUCUAGGUGAUCUGUGGAGCUAUGACUUCUAUAGUGGGGAGUUUGUGGUUUCUCCUGAGCCAGACACUAGUGUGGUGACCCUUGACCCCAGAAAACACCGCUACAUCAUCUUGGGCAGCGACGGUCUGUGGAACAUGGUGCCACCUCAAGAGGCUAUCUCCAUGUGUCAGAACAAUGACGAGACAAUGGCUUCAUGUGGGGUAUCAAGUGCCCGGCAGCUGGUCAGCCAUGCUCUGUUGCGGUGGCGCCAGCGCAUGUUGCGUGCUGACAACACCAGCGCCAUCGUAAUCGCCUUGCUGGAGCCUGGGACCUCCAAGGACACCCUGCACCAUGAGGAGGUGCUGCUCGACUUAGCCAAGGUGUCCCAGUGUCCUCCCACCUCCAUAUCCCGUGCUGAUACUCCUCUUCUUCAGCGCCCUCCAGAGGAAGACUCUCCCACUGCCAUGUGUGAGCUCCUCCCUGCCUUGGAGCGAAGGGAUGGACUAUCAGGAAGCAGCAGCCUAUACCACAUGGAUCUGUCUGACACAUUUACUCUGACUCCACUGUGUCCAUACAGUAGUGCUGAGCUUUCCAGUCAGUCCAGUCCCACUGACAGGACAGUUGGCAGCAGGGCACCCAACAACAAAAGAACUAUUAAUGGGUCAUCAUCACCAUCAUCAGGCCAGUCAGCUAAGAAAGCACGGCGCAGGACAGCCGACAGGCCGCCACUAGUCCAACACAAUUUAGAGAAGAAACAGAAGGAGUCCAAUAACGUCUCCCCCAUUCUCCAACAGAACAACAAGACCACAGUGUGUGUGUGCUGAAACAUGCACAGAUGCAUCAGCCUGCUGCCUCCCACUGUCAGUCUUGUCACUAGUGGCUCUUCUCCUGCACAGUCUCACAGUUCAAACCAACCUUGCACCAGGGGUUGUGGAAAGACCUGUCCUCUUGUUCAGCACAAGUACAGUACUUCUUUGAAAACUUAAGGGUUUUUGGAAGAGUGCUCAUUUUCCUGAGACGUCUAGUGUUUUUAAUUCAAAAUUCUUCCCUGAAAUGCUGAUUCCUGUCUUCUUCACAAACAGAUCUUUGAUUUGUAUCUUAUUUCAGCUCUUUUUGGUAACAGCUGUAAGAAAUAAGUAUAAGUAAUGAUGCUGGUGUAAAUAUUAUGCAUUUUCUAGAUGAGUAUUGAGUAAAAGUAAGUCAAACUGUUCAUUUAGAAUAAAUAUAUAUUUUUUAUACAUUCUUUUAUUGUACAAUGAAAAAAAAAAUUCCACCACAGUUGUCAUCUCCACCUCACUCUCAAUAUACCUUUGUGUGCACACCUUGUGUUUAAGCAUAUUUAUGUAUUUUAAUUCUUAUCAUUUUACUUUAUCACUGGAGAUUUGUCUUGAAAUAAACUGACGGUGCUGCUACAGUCACAAACCAUAAGCUACUACAUUGUGUAUAUUGAUAUAUUAAUAUAUGUACUAAGUGUCGGUAGCAUUUUUUUUCUUUGACAGUAUGUAUUUGCCAUAACACAUCUGCGCUGGUGAAGUUUCAAGUUAUGGAAGGUGUUUUAAAGUUUUAAUUGCACAAUGCAUCUUAAGGGAUGGAUCCACUCUUUCAAUCAUCGUACAUUGUUGUAAUUAGUAAUGAAGCAUUACAGUUGAGUUUUUUUGGUGUCUUGACUUCUGUGAGCAUGCUCCACCCAUUCAUAUAUUAGAUAACUUUCUGUGUUUCUGAGAAUUGCCUUUCAACAGCACUUGCAGAGGUUGUUGUGUCUGUCUUUACAAUGAGAUUUCUCCCUCUGUGUUUGCUGAAUGUGCAGGUGGCUCUAAAACAAAGACUUCCUUUGGUUCUGAGGGACCAACACAAAACCUGAUGUUUACAAACAACAGUAAUGAUCAUAUUGUGCUGCCAGACUUCUAUUGUGGUUACACCGGAGGUAUCAGUGAUGCCAUGUUGUCUAUGUUUGGCCAUGCAUCUGUAAAAUAAGAAAACACAAGCAUGCUGGUCCCGACAGACAGGGGACUGUCUUCAUCAUCAGUCCAUCCUGCAACCUUGUUUUAUCAUGUUUGCAACAAGACAAUAAUAACUGAGGCUGAUUUGGAGGUUUCUUUAACAUUCUCCUGAUGUAAGCCAUUGUCCCUCCAUGCAGCUGCAUUGUAUUUUUACUGAUGAAUGCACUCAUUUGUGAGUAAAUACACUCUGCAUGGACUUUGUAAGACAAUAUUUUGCACUGUUAUGGUGACGCUAAUUGUCUUUGAGAAGGGAGUUGUUUUUUUUUUUGUCCUGAAAUUGAAACAAUGUGGUUAGGAAUGGAUGACAUGAUUGAAGUCAAAAAUGUUUGAGGACAAAAAUGAUUUUAACUUAAACAGAAGGGAAUCCUCAUUAAUUUGAUUAGAGUUUGCAUACCAUGGCUGUACCCUCUUUUGCAGCUAGUGGUUUUGUUACAUGACAGUGUGUGAUUCAGAUGAGAUGUAUUCUGUGAGAGAAUAAUGACCAUUACACCGAUGAGAUAGACUUUAGUCUUUGUAAAACCUGUUACAUGAUGAUGUAUUUAUAUUGAGCUAAGUGCAAUUUCUGACAGGAAUUUGUAGCAUUAUGGAUUGGUUCAAAAAUAUUGUACAGUGUUGAUUGGCAGUGUUGGAAGAAUGAUGAUGUUAUUGUUUUACAAGUUAUCUCUGCAAAUACAGUCCAUUACCUGGCUUGGGAUCCCUGUAUGAUUUUUAAAAACUAUUUUGAGUAGUCGACUCAUUUACUCUGUUGAAUGACAUCCCUGAUUCAGAUUGCUGUGCCAACAGCACAAAAUGCAUGUGUACAGUGUAAAUGUGAAAAACACUUAUCUGGAAAUUAACCUAUUUAAAUAAA